UUUUUUAUUUUAUUUUUUUCCUCUCUUGAUUCUGAUUUUUUUGGAAAAGUUUUGUGCUUGGUUGAGUUUUUGGCCUUCGUGCGUUGAAAUUGAGUGUGAUUUUGGAAUGAGAGAUUAUCGUUUUCUCCUUGAAUCUUGGGGGCUUCAAAGGUUCUUCUAACUAUUUGUACAUUUUAUGGGAGUGAUUUCUUUGGGGUUUGAUUUUCGGAAUGUGGAAUUGAUCAGUUUGAGGAGUUUGAGUGAGUGAAGAAGUUGUGAUUUUUGAGGGUUAUGUUGACGCCUAGGUGAUGGAUAAUGUUUCAGCUGCUGGGUUUGUUUGGUCCGAAAACUGGUGGAGAAAGUUCAAUGAAGGAUUUGGACACUGACAUUAUUCCUGGAUAAAGUAGAGAAUAAUGCUGGCAAAACCCAAAAAUGUUGAUCAGUGCCUGGAAACAGAUUCACAGAGUAUUUUGCCAUCGACAAUCUACUUGCAACCUUGGUGGUGUGGUAUUGGCAAUAAUGCGAUCUCCCCAAAUGUCUUGGUUGAUGGCACCUCAAAAGCAUCCUCAGUAGAGCUCUCGAAUGGUUCUGUCACAACAGGAUCUAUUCCACUACAGCUGAAUGGCAGAUCAGAUGAUGGAGCUACUGUUAUUAAAGAAAGAAUGGUCAAUGUAGCACAGGAAUCUGGAAUGGAUCAAAAUAAUGGGCAGGCACAGCAACAUGUCGAGCAUGUUACAUCCUCAACUUCAAAAACUCUGGGUGAACCACUUGAACGGAAUCCACAAAUGGAACUUGUUGGUCACUCAAUUGUGUUGACAUCAUGUCCAUACCCGAAUUCGCAUUAUGGGGGGAUCAUGACACCUUAUGGACCACAGAUGUUUCCUCAUUUUUUUGGGAUGCAUCAGCCUAGAAUGCCUUUGCGCCUUGAAAUGGAAGAGGAGCCUGUUUAUGUAAAUGCAAAGCAGUACCAUGGAAUUCUUAGGAGAAGACAGUCACGUGCUAAGGCUGAAUUGGAAAAGAAAAUGAUAAAAACUAGAAAGGUGAUGUGCUUGGCUUCAAAAGAUGUUAAACAAAAUAUUCUUACUGGUUUGAAUCACAUUGUCUGCAUGUCCAUUUGUAAGCCGUAUCUACAUGAAUCUCGUCAUCGACAUGCUAUGAGAAGGGCAAGGGGUUGUGGAGGCCGUUUCCUCAACACCAAGAAGCUCAAUGGUAACGUUACAGAUCCUGCGGCAGAAAAGGAACCAGGUUCUACUGCAAUCCUUUCAUCACAAUCUGGCAGCUCAUUAGGCUCUGAGCACUUGUGGCCUGGGUGUGCAGGAAAUUUCAAUUCCUCUGCUGAUGGCCAAGAAGAGAAAGGACCUAUGAUUCAUGGCAUGCCUAAAGAAAGUUUCCCUAUUAGCAACGGGAAUGGCUACAAUCUUUUAUCAACAAACCAUUCACCCUCGAGUGAAAGUGAAAAUGCAGGGGGCUGCUAUGGUUGGGAGAGGGGAGGAAUCCUGGAUAAACGGGGCGUCACAUUCAGCCCUCCCCAUUAAAUGAAAAUUUUGCGUGCCCCCUUCAGUUUGGUGUGCCUGUAGGUUUGGCCCAUUCAACCUCAACUGGAAUGCUCUUCCUCUUUUUGUGGUGUGCCUCGGGCAAGUCAUUCUUGGCUCAAGUUACCAGUAGGUAUUGGGUGAACUGAGAGAGGAAGAUAUAAUACCAUUCUCUACCUUUUAUGCCUUCUGUAUAAAGUAUCAAACCCACCAAGUAGGAAAAUAGCUUGUGAAAUAGGGGAACAUACACAAUUAGAAUCAAAUGCUUAAGUUCAUGUCUCAAAAA